AUGAAUGAAACUGAUUCUGAAUGUGAUGGAUCUGGUGGGUUGCAAUCAUGUUUUGAGACAAAUGAAGAAGGAUAUGGCCCAGAAAAGCCCAAGUAUUCAGAUUUUCAUGCUGAAUUGGAUAUGAAUGACCCACAUUUUGAGAUUGGAAUGAAGUUUAGCAGUUUUAAUCAAUUCAAGGAGGCUGUUAGGAACUAUGGAAUUAAGAAUAGGUACGUAAUGAAUUUAAGGCCCAGUAACAAGAAGAGGUACAAGGCUAUUUGCAAGAAAGGAUGUCCUUUCUAUUUAUGGGCAGCUCCUAUGAUUAAAGACCACAACACUAUACAAAUAAAAUCUGGAAUCCUCAAACAUGAGUGCACUAGGGAUAACAAUGUGAGGCAUGUUAGUGCAAAAUGGGUUGUUGAAAAUUAUUUAGAUCAAUUCAGGGUAGAUCCAGGAUGGUCAGUAGCAAGCAUCAUGCAAACUGUGAAGAAAAAACAGCAAGUUAACAUUACAAGACUAAAGGCUUGGAAGGCAAAAAGUAUUGCAAAAAGCUUAUUGGAUGGUGAUGAAUGUGAGCAGAUCAAGAGUUUAUAUGAUUAUAGGCUUGAAAUCCUGCGGACAAAUCCAGGCUCCACUGCAGGUUUCAUGGCAAGAUGCAGGCCGAUUAUUUCUAUAGAUGGUUGCUGGCUCAAGGGACAGUUUGGAGGACAACUCCUCUCAGCUGUGGGAGUAGAUGCAAAUGAUUGCAUCUAUCCCAUAGCAUGGGCUGUGGUGGAUAAAGAAAACUAUGAAAACUGGAGAUGGUUCCUAGAGCUACUGGCAGCAGAUUUGUUAAUAACGGCCAUGGAUUUGCUUUUAUGA